AUGACGCUCUCGGCCGCCCCGCCCGCCGCUGCCGCCGCUGCGGCCCCCGCCGCGCCCCCGCUCUGCGCGCCGCUCUCUGACGCCUCCGCCGCGCGCAACCCGGGCGUCGGCUGGGCGCUGCGCAAGCGCGACAAGCAGCUGCUGUACCCGCCCUGGCUAGAGGGCGCGUGGCGCGUGCGGGCGCGGUUCGAGGGCGCGGCCUUUCCCUUGGGCAACCGCUUCAUCAGCAAAACCGUGCCCGGCGCCCUGAAAGCCUCGAUGGCGGUGACGCUGCCAGACGUGGGCGCGGCGAUGGACCGAGAACUAACGUUUGACCAGCGGUUCGCGGCCAGCCCAGAGCAGGGCGGCGUCGUGGCCGACAGGGUGUUCAACACGCGGCAGGUGAUGGACGCAUUCCUGGGGUACCCUGCCGUCACCGGGGUUACAUACGAUCCCCUGGAAAACCCCACGCGCAUGGCCGUCGUGUGGUCCACGCCCCGCAAGGACGCGUCGCAGCAGAGCGCCGACCUGCGGAAAGCGGAGGUCUUUAUCAACAACAGGGGCUCCAGCGGCUUCGACGGCGACGGCGGCGGCAAUCAGGGCGGCGGCGCGUCGCCUUUCUGCUGCUUUGAGCUGUAUAGGCAGGUCACGCAGGCGCGGCAGCAGGGGGCCGUGAGCGACUACGCCUCCUGGUGGGAGUUCCGCUUGGAGGGCAGCGCGGGGACCAGCGAGGCCGGCGGCGGUGGGGUCGGCGGGUCGCAACGGGUGGCGGUCAGGCAGCGCGUGGCGGCAUUCCUGCAGCCGCAGGACCCCCUCUACUUUGAAGCGGGCGACAGGGCGGUCGCGGUCUACGACUACACCUACGCCUACGAGCGGGCGUGA